GACUUGGCAAGACGGUCGCCGGUGCAUUACGGGACCAGACUUCUUUAUACGACGUCCGUGGAGCAGACUUAAAGAUCAAUAGCGCCAACAAUGUUUUCAAGAACUUGAAAACCAAGACAACUUGGAUGCCAUCCUAAUGGACUGGACAGGCGGACCAUAACAACCAUAAUUUUGGAAAACCGGAUAUGUCAACAUAACUGCCGAUCUCCAAGUUUCAUUGAUCCCGUCGAUAAGGGCAACCAACGUGUUAGAUAGCCGUCUCAAGCAUGCCUGUUUCACAAGAAUUGGUGAAACCUUCAACGUUUGAUGAAAGUCAGGUCCAGGAUUGCCUCUCGCAAGAACUUCACCCGAAGAUGGGCUCGUCAUACGAAAUCCGUCCAGGCUGUCUGCACAUACUGCAGCAUGCCAUGUUCCCUCGGGGAUCGUCUUUUGAGUUUUCUCAACCGUCCAACUCGUUACCUAAGAGGAAGCAGGUUGCUAAGAUCACCUCGGAGGACGGACUCCACUGGCUGUGGGGCUUGCUACACGAAGACUGCAGAAGUAUGAAGGAACUGCUGGCUAGUCUAGCUUUGCAGAUUGCACGGAAGGAGUAUGUUCAAGGUACCAGCGAUGUGGCCCCAGAAAAUGCAGUUGAGUUCCAUGUCAUAGACAAGCGACAGGCCACCACAACUAUCCAAAACGAAGAUCAAGCUCUGGAUCUCUUUCGCCAUUACAUGACAGCCGAGGCUUUGGCGAAACUUAUGGGAGACAGACCCAGCUCAACAGAUCUUAUUGGCAUCGACGUCCCCGUGCCAACUGGGAGCGCCGUAACGAUAACCAGCUAGUGCAUGAAAUGGCCGCCCGCCAUCAACGGGUUCGGGGCUAGUACAUAACCUGUCACACAAAAUACAUGUCACAGUGUCCAAGGUAUUUGAAGGAGAGGGGCUUUGGGGUCUAAAUUUCUCAGAAAUACAUUAAAGCACAGAAUCCCGUUCCUGUAGCAGGACAUGUGACUGUAAUGUAAUUUAUAUAAUUUACAUUGCAUCUUAACAUUCAACUGUGAAAUUGAAAUACAUGUAUAUGUUGUCAAUCAAUACAGUUACCUUUCAG